AUGGACACCGACAGAACACUGGUGACGUUCAAAGACGGCGACGUUCUUCUGAAACUCUCCGCUAGCGUCACCAUGCAACUGCAUGCCGCAGUCCUUCGUCGUAACAGCAAGCUCCUCAGCGAGUUGGUUGCGGAGGAGUGCUCGGCAAUCUUAACACCGCAGGCAAAGAACAAAGGUAUCCGCAUUCGCUACAGGCUGGAGCUCGUCGAGCGCCCACCGAUGGGCCAGGUUGGAGCCGGCAAGUUGAUCCGCGUAGAGCUCGAUGACAACGGGCGGGUGAUUGACGACAUCGAAGGCAAACCACGCCGACACGCCCUGCCCGACCUCGAGAACGGCAAGAUCCCGCACCCCAUCUACAAGCACUACGCCAACGUGAUCGGCGCGUACUACAACCGCGAGAUCAUCCUGGACCACAGCAGCAUCACCUCCCUCCUGCAUGACGCGCUCAUGCUCCUCGAAGUAGCCAGCUAUCUCGGCUCCGUCUCCGUGGUCUCCAAAUCGAUCGACCUCGCGCUCCUCAACCAAGGCCAAACGCUCUACCGCUCGAUUCAGACCAACCCCACGGCCUGGAUCAAGCUAGCCCACCAGCUCAAAUCCGAGAUCCUGUUCCAAGAAGCCCUGAUCCACCUCGUCGGAAGCUACAACGCGCUCACCGCAGACCAGAAGUCCGAGCUAUCCAAUGAUCUUAUGGCCCUCAUCGACAAGAAACACCUCGAGCUCCUUGCGCGCUCCCAGGACCUCGAGGCAAAGAUCUUCCGCCUCUACCCCCGUAGCAUGCGCCGCGACGCCACGCUGCAGGAAGUCGGCCGCGCGGCCUACAGCUCCGACAUCUACGCGUGGAUCGCGCUGUGCGUCCUGCGGCACUGGCUGGGCGAUCAGAUCGCCAUGGAUCGGGGGCACCAUUCGCCUGAUGGUGGAUACGCACUUUAUUGCAAGCUGGCGCAGGGCGGCAUGGCUUAUAUUGACCGCACGGACCUGGGGCCGUUCUUUGGCAUGUUCCCGAUGAGCGUUAAGGCGAAGGCGUGUGUGGAGAACUGCGUGCUGGAGAUUAAGGAGCUUGUGAGACGGAUGGUGGAGGGGAGCAAGCUGCUGAAUUCGAACUUGGCGCUGGAUGUGGGCAAGUAUGGGGUGGAGUACUUGACGGAUGUGAAGGUGGCGAAGGGAGAGUUUCCGUGGUUGAAAGGUUAG